AUGGACAAACCCAUACCAGACAAGCGUCGCAAAAAGAAGAAAGGCAAGAAAGCGAGCAAAUCCUCAUCCGAUGAAGAGAGUGAGGACGAAGACAUGGAGGAGAGCUGGGGGCGUGGCAAAUCAGCCUAUUACUCUUCGAACGCGGCCGAGCUUGACUCUGACGACGAGGAAGCGAACGAACUCGAAGAGCAAGAGGCUAAACGGCUGCAAGCGAAAGCCCGAGAUGGAAUGCGAGACGAGGACUUCGGGCUACUCGACGUACAUGAUGUUACUGCAGGCGCUGAUGACUUCGUGGAAGCUCCUGUGGUUCCAUUGCCGAAUGUCGGGCAAGACAAGAAAUCUCUCCUUCGGCACCUGGAAAAGACCAAUCCAAUUACCCUCGCACUGGCAAGGGACUGGGAUGACACUGCACGAAGCCUGAUCCGCACACGAGAGAAACUCGAAACACUGCAAGCGGAACAGCCAGAUGCCCUGAGCCUUGGCAUGAUCCAUCUUCAUUAUCAGACCCUCCUUACAUACACAAACGCCCUCUCCUUCUAUCUAUACCUUCGUGCUAGCGAUAAAUACACCCGACAGCCCAAGCUCCUCGAUGACCACCCGAUAACAGGCCGCCUCCUGCUCCUCAAACAGUCUCUGGCAACGUUGGAGGAUCUUGACUUCGCGGCUUCCGACUCUGAAGACGACGAUAACGAAGGCCUUGAUGGCGUAGAUAUGUGGUCAGACGCCAAUGAACUUUGGGGCCGUGGGACGGAUGGAAAUCUGGAGGCGGGUGAACUCGACGACCUACUGCGGGAUGCAGAGAGCGCAACAACGUUCGGCGAGCAUAGAUCCAGAUUGGCUGCCUCCAAGCGCGACGCCCCUACACAAGAGCCUCCAACCAAAAAGCGCAAGACGUCGAAAUCGAAAUCCCAGCCUGUUGCGCCCGUGUUCGACCUCGUCGAGCCCGAAUUUCCUGUGUCCAAGAAGCACGCCUCGUCGUCGUCCCACCAGCCCGACGAUGCUCAAAACAUGUAUGGUGAACUGUCCUCACUCGAUCAUGCGGAUGCCUCGGACAAAUCGGCGCGCAAAAAGUCACUUCGAUUCCACACGUCGAAGAUCGAGACCGCGAGUGCGCGACGCCAGGGUGCGAGGAGUCGUGCCAUGGGCGGCGAUGACGAUAUCCCGUAUCGAGAGCGGCGCAAAGAAAAGGACGCUCGGAUGGCCCAAGCUGCCGAAAGGAACGGCCGGGGUCAAGGUGGUGCAGAUUUGGAUGACGCAGAGCCCGCCCCCCGGAACGCAGAUGCUGGCGAAGCAACGGAGGAUGCGGAUGGGUACUAUGAGUUAGUCAAACGGACAUCAAAGGCGAAGAAGGAACGCAAAAAGACAGAGCAUGACGAGUCUGUCGCGGCUGCUCGUGCUGAAAUUGCUGGGGAGGAGGGUACCGAUGGACCUCGGUCACUCACUAGAGCCAUCCUCAAGAACAGGGGACUUACACCCCAUCGAUCGAAGAGUGUUCGGAACCCUCGUGUCAAGAAGCGACAGAAGUUUGAGAAAGCCAAGAAAAAGAUCGCCUCGCAGAAAGCGGUCUACAAAGGAGGGCUUGAUGCAAGUGGCGGAAGAUACGAGGGUGAACGGUCUGGUAUCUCCAAGGUUGUUAAAAGUAUCCGUCUGUCGUAA